AUGUGUGCUGUUCAAUCAUCUCUAGCCACACUUUUCUUUCUUUCUUUCUUUCUUUCUUUCUUUCUUUCUUUCUUUUUUUUUUCUUUCUUAAUAUCUACCCACUCCCUCAGUCUUUCUUACUUCAGAAUUUCCCCUAUCCACAUUUUUCUUUCUUUGUUUGUUUCUUUCUUUCUUUCUUUCUUUCUUUCUUUCUUUCUUAAUAUCUACCCACUCCCUCAAUCUUUCUUACUUCAGAAUUUCCCCUAUCCACACUUUUCUUUCUUUCUUUCUCUCUUUCUUUCUUUCUUUCUUUCUUUCUUUCUUUCUUUCUUUCUUUAUUUCUUUCUUUCUUUCUUAAUAUCUACCCACUCCCUCAAUCUUUCUUAUAUCAGAAUUUCCCCUAUCCACACUUUUCUUUCUUUCUUUCUUUCUUUCUUUCUUUCUUUCUUUCUUUCUUUCUUAAUAUCUACCCACUCCCUCAAUCUUUCUUACUUCAGAAUUCCCCCUAUCCACACUUUUCUUUCUUUCUUUCUCUUUCUUUCUUUCUUUCUUUCCUUCUUUUCUUUCUUAAUAUCUACCCACUCCCUCAAUCUUUCUUAUAUCAGAAUUUCCCCUAUCCACUUUUCUUUCUUUCUUUCUUUCUUUCUUUCUUUCUUUCUUUCUUUCUUUCUGCAUUCUCUUUGUUAG